AUUAAACCAGUUUUCAUUAUUCAUCUACUAGUUAUUUCCAUCCUAUUUUUUACUUAUGAACGACAAAAAUGUUAAAUUAUUUUUAUAGGGUAAUUUAAACAUUAGUGCAAAAGCACCAUUUUUUUGUUUUUAUUUUGAUUCGAUUGAUAUUCGAACGCGGAAGUGGUUUCGUGUAUUGACGCUCGCAUUGCGAAACAUGUCCAAUUUUUAUUUUAGAAAUAUAUAAACAUGUCCAAAUUAUGGUGAAUAACUCGUCGGCCCCGUAGUAAGAAAAGCAAACCUAAAAUAUGGCCUCGCGAGGAGACAAAGGGAAUGGAAAUGGCGAGGAGCAGAUCGUUGAGACGUUGGCGGAGGUGUUCCGCUGCUUCAUCUGUAUGGAGAAGCUGGUGGACGCACAUCUCUGCCCGCACUGCUCCAAGCUGUGUUGCUACGCCUGCGUGCGACGAUGGCUGACUGAGCAGCGAUCGCAGUGCCCGCACUGUCGGGCAGCCCUGCACCUACACGAGCUCGUCAACUGCCGCUGGGUGGAGGAGGUCACUCAGCAGAUCGAGACCAUGCAGCAGAGCAACUCGGCUAGUCAGAGGGAAAGCUUCAGGGAUAGGUGUCCGACACACCAAGAGAAGCUGACGGUAUACUGUUGGACAUGUCGGCGCUGCAUCUGCCACCAAUGUGCUCUGUGGGGCGGUACUCACUCUGGACACACCUUCAAACCCUUGGAGGAAGUGUAUGAGCAACAUGUCACACAGAUCCGUGAUGAAGUGUUCCAGCUGAGACGUCGGCUCACAGAGCUGAUUAGUCUGGGGCAAGAUGUGGAACGCAAUGUGGAAUCGGUACGCGCAGCUAAAGACGAGCGCGUGCGCGAAAUUCGCAAUGCGGUGGAGCUGAUGAUAUCGCGCCUGGAUUCUGCGCUGAAGGCCAAACUCCUCACACUCAUGGGCCAGAAAAACAGUCUGACGCAGGAGACGGAACAACUUGAACAUCUCCUGCAAGAGAUUGAACAUCAACUGCAUUCAAGUACCAGGUCGGAACUGAUUGCGAAGAGUGGUGAACUGUCGAAGAUGAUUCACCAGGUUCGCAAGAAACCGAUGGCAAGCUUCGUGACUGCGCCGGUACCGGCCGAUUUCCAUAGUGAAAUUGUCCCGAGCUACGAUAGCAGCACGUUUCCUCUGAGCAACUUCACGCAGCUGCAGCACGCGGCGGCGCCCGUGUACUCCGCCCCGCUACAUGUCAACGGACUCUGCUGGCGACUCAAGGUCUACCCCGAUGGGAACGGAGUUGUCAGAGGCAACUACCUCUCCGUCUUCCUCGAACUCAGUGCCGGACUACCCGAGACCUCCAAAUACGAGUAUCGAGUGGAGAUGUUGCACCAAGUGUCACGCGACCCUUCAAAGAACAUAGUGAGGGAGUUUGCUUCUGACUUCGAGGUCGGCGAGUGCUGGGGAUACAACCGCUUCUUCAGGCUGGACCUGCUCGCCAGUGAGGGGUAUCUGGACCCGGAGACGGAUACUCUUAUAUUGAGAUUCCAAGUGCGCCCGCCGACGUUCUACCAGCGCUGUCGCGACCAGCAGUGGUACAUCAACCAGUUGAUCACCAUGCAAAACCAACACAUCCUGCAAAUAAAUGAUCUCAAAGAGCGUCUCUCAUUAGAGAUGUCUCGCAACUCUAUCGCGGCGACCCGUGCACAGACCGGCUCGAAUACUUCGCAGUCCAACGCUGGCAGUACCGACACGGACAAUCCGUCGCAGAACAACCCCGUCGAUGGAAACAGUCUCAGCGACUCCAUCGUCUUCGGGAACCAGUGGAAGUUUAGCGCGCCACAUAGCAUCAUGAGCGGACAACGACUUGCUAGUCCCGUGAGUAUGGUGACGUGUGGUGAGUGUGGCGGUGGGCGGUGUGCAGGUAUCCUGAACACGGGCAUGUUCGUGGACGACUCGCGGAACAAUGACGUGUCCGGUGCGGCCGGGUACGGCGACUACAGACACGCGCCGCACCAACCCCACCAACCCCACGCCACACACGCGCUCGACGCCGGGUACAAUCUGCCCUCCACCUCACGGUCCGCGAACUCCCUGCACGUGUCGGGCACGGGCCCGGACAACAUGGCGCUGGUGUCGCUGCACACGCUGCUGAGCGCCGCGCAGGCCCCGGCCGCGCGCGCGCCCAGCAAGCUGCCCAGCAAGCGCGCCGCCGAGCCGCGCCCGGACAAACACCACGUGCCCCACAAGGACUCGCAGCUCACUGCAGUAUCGAGCAACCCAGUGACGGAGUCCACCAACGCGGCGGCGACCAACGCAGUGCUGUGCUCGUCCAUCUCGUCGCCCGAACUCAACGCGGGCGCCAAGCUGGAGCCCGAGCCCGCCUCGCACCCGCUGCACGCCGCCUCCGAGAGUAGCAGCGAUACUGGCGACUUGAUGUUCAGUGAGCUGGAAGUAUUUGCUGAUGAAAAUAACCCAAGUCACGUGGACGAGAACUCCAAUGAAGAGAACGAUGUCGACGACGAAACUAUGUCAGGGGAGAACGAUAUAGAGGCGGCCCACCUUGCUGGAGGCUCGAGUGGUUCCGGGGCAGAUAUACUGCGUCGGUUGGUGUGUGCCGUGGCGUCACGCGGCGUGACCCCGGCGGGCACGGACGGCUCCGGGCCGCCCGCGCCGCCCCGCCACGACCCCGACCCACAGCUCUCUACUGCCGCGCAUACUGACAUGUUGCUACUCAACCUCAUGCGCAUCAACGGACUCACGCCCAAACACUCGCGGCAUGGAGGCAGUAAGAGACAGUGGAGCAGCAGUGCGGGCGGGUCGGAGUGCGGCGCGGGCGCCACGCGGCGCGGCAGCGGCGGCGCGCGGCCCCUCGACCCUCACAUGAAGUUACAAAAGGGAGAAGGCGAGCCUGAGAAGAACAUACCAUACAGAGAAGCUGUGGGAUCUCUCAUGCAUUUGGCCAUAGUGAGUCGACCUGAUAUCAUGUUUGCUGUCAGUCUGGUGAGUCGAUUCCUUAAUAGUUACAACCAAACACAUUGGAAUGCAGUUAAAAGGAUUUUAAAAUAUUUGAAAGACACAAAGGAGUAUGGCUUGUGUUACACUAACACCACACAACCCUCAGAAGUGACUGGCUAUAGUGAUGCCGACUAUGCAAACGAUUUCGACACCCGUCGAUCAGUUACCGGCUAUGUUUUUAUGAAAAAUGGAGCCGCUGUAACAUGGGCCAGUCAGAGACAACCAACUGUGGCCCUAUCCACGACGGAGGCAGAGUUUAUGGCUGCCUGUGCUGCCACUAAAGAGACUAUGGCAGCGUGCUUGGGGUUAAGCUUCACGUCGACUCCCCCGGGUACCCCGGAGCGCUCCGCGCUGUCCCCCGUGUCCUCGCUGGCCCUGCACGACUACUGGCCGUCGGUGUCCUCGGUCAGCGACGCGGACGACGUGGAGGCCGUCCUCGAUUACAACGACACGUUGUUCGACAUGUUGCUGAACAGCCUGGCUAUAGACGGCGCGGCGGGCGAGGCGCUGGGCGCGGAGGCCCGGCCGCCCACGCCGCCCGUGCAGCCGUGGAGCCCGGCCGCCGCGCCGCCCGCGCCCGCGCAGCCCCCCGACCGCGCGGAUUGACCGCAGCGCGCCCGGGCCCACCACCAUCACCGCUACCGCCGCGAGUACCAUCACUAAACUACCGGUGUCCAUGCGCCUGGCGCCGCGCGCCGACCGCCUGGCGCCAGUGUAGCCGUGGCACCGCCGCACCCGACCCUCGCUCGCCGUCGAAGUCGCGGCUGACGUCCCGUGACGUAGUGGGCCGGCGCCGAAUGUAUCGACAGGCAGGCCGCCUCCCCGGCCGCUCCCAGUGGCUCUCCGGUCGCUCCCAGUAGCCCCUCAGUCGCUCCCCGUCGCCCCUCGCGCUCUAUCUUAUGUUCCUCCGAGUGGUGGAUCUGAGCUCGCCUCUCAGUUCUAGGAACGUUUUAUUAGAUUUAAUUUGGCACGAUUAUACUCUUUAUGAUAUUUGAGUGUGCCACCUCUUAAGUUUUUUGAGGGAUUCGUGUCUCCUCGUCACUUAGGUAGUUAGAUAACCACGUAUAAAAAGUACGGGCAUUAGGUAAAAGACUCAAAAUUGAAACGAUCUCUUUAUAUUUAUUUUUUUAGUAAUUAUUAAUGUUUAUCAGUACAAUUUAUUACUAGGGUGAAACGAGUCUGAUUCGCCCGCUAAAAUAAUAAAGUGCUAUUUUUUUUCUUAUGAUAUGAAAUAUUUUUGUAAUUCCCAGCCUCGUCAUUGUCCUAAAACGCUUGCUAGAAUUUGCAUUUACUUUAAAAGUCUGUUUACUAAGAACUAUAUCCCAAUCUCAGCUCACUAAGCGCUUGCCAUCAUGCCGGGAGUAAUAUAAGUAUUGCCAAUUGUAUUUGUAGAGCUUGAUAGACAGUUUUACUCAACGUAGGAGACAAUUGAUGUUCGUUUUACUAAAUAAAAUACAUGUAUACUCAAUAGCUGUUUUUGAAACUAUAGUAUGACUAAGCUAUCGUGUACUUGUCGAGAGAUGCAACAUAGGUUCAGGCUCCGUCGAAUAUAAUUACAUGACACAAUGCACUGGACGCGAGAGUAUGCUCUCGACGCGUGGAACGAUGAUAUUUCAACUCUUCAACUAAGUUACGUGUCAUUUGGUGUCGAUAGUUCAAAUAAUAUUGAUGUUUCUUGUGAUUGUAUCGAUCUCCGGUCGCACCGGGCGUAGUUGUCAGUGUUAAGUAUUUAAUCUGUUAUAUUAGUUAGGGACGACGACAUGACUGAAAAGUUCAAAGUGUGUGAUUCUGUAAGGUUACGAUGAGGAUCGAGUUAUGGAGUAGCGUUAAGCACGUUUUAUGUAUUAGUUGCUGUGUUGACAAAAUUAUCAAAUUAUUAUAUUGGAUUGCAUUAUCGAAAUAACAAUAUUUAGUAAUUUUAGCCAAAUAAAUAAUAAAAUUGAAAAAAAAUGGAAUUUUAUUGGUACAAUGUAACUGUCUAAUUUUCCGAGAUUGUAUGUAAAGUUUUAAUUAUUUAUUAUAUUUUAUUCCAUAAUAGUAACAAAAGUUAUGUAUUGA